AUGCCUACAGCAAACAAAACGUUCUGGCAGAAGCUGAGUGAUCAACACAACCACAAUGCUCCCGAUAUUCGUUCAACUGCUUCAAUAAUGCCGUCAGUAAAGAAAAGAGUUUAUUUUGAAGAUCAACCGUUCAUGGUUGAAAAUAUUACACCAGCUACUAAUGUUAGUUAUGAAGAGUGCUAUUCCGAACUGAAAUACGUUUGCAGAGGUAUAAAUCGGAACAAUUAUUCUAAAUUAUUAACAGGAAAACAAAUUUAUAAUUGCGAUUAUGACAUAAUUGGCGUUAUUCGAGACGAACUCACCUUAGAAUCAGCAUGUUGUUCAAAAUAUUGUAGUAUUUUUCAAAAUCAGUGUCGUCAAUGUAGUGAAUUGGAAAAACACCUAGUUUCAAUCAUGGAAAAUAGGCAUGAUAUAUUUGAAAUGCUAUUGAAAGGAAUUUUACCACAACCCAAGCAAUUAAUAUCAUUUCCAUUAUUGAUGUAUGAGUUAUUGUGUAAACUUGUGCCAUUUAUACCAGUCAGCCAAGAUGAACACAAACUUUUAACAGUGUUUAGAAAAGCUCAAACUUCAUACAAUGAAGCAUUGUCGACACAAUACAACAACAAACAAAUUACGAACAAUGAACACCGUGAUACACAAGCUUUGAAGGUUCCAAGGUCAAGCUUUACUCCAUUCUUAGAGACAUUUUUUGGAUCCUUUAUAUUCAAUCAGUUGCAAAAUUAUACAAAGAAUCCAUUUCAUCACAAAUAUUCAGAGGUUGAAAGAAGAUAUUGGGUUGUGAUGAAAUAUUAUUGUGGAAAACAAUUUUUCAUCAGAAUGGGAGGAGAGCGCAAUCAAAAUAUUGAACGGAAUAAUUUUAAUCAUUUAAAAUAUAAUCUAAUUAUACCAAGUUGGAAUACUGUUAAACAAUGGACACCUGCUGGUUGUUAUGGUAUGAUUCCCGACAUCACACUUACCCUAAAGAACAUGUUACUGCCUGACUCUUGUAAAGAUACAUGUAUCUCGUUUGAUGGAAUGAAAGUGUUUAAACAUUUUGAUGUUUUGGGAGAUCAAAUUGUUGGAAGUGAAAAAUAUUGUUACACUGUUGAAGACGUGAAACAAUUUGGUGUUAAACAUCUAAUAGACCAAAUGAUUUUAUUUUCUAUUAAUGCCAUCGAUAAUUCAUGGCAUUUACCGCUGGGUUGGUUUGGAGUUAGUUCUGAAACAGACGUACUUGAAUUUGUCACUAGCAAAAUACUUUAUUUCAAAGAGUUGCUCCAAGAAUCUGUAACAAUUGUGUGUGGAUGUUCUGAUGCAGAAAUUGAUGCACAUGCUGUGCAAACAAUUAUUAGAAAAAAACACAAAGACUUCAUUUUCGUCAAUGAUUACGUUCACAAUUUCAAAAAUCAACGAAAUGUAUUAUUUAAUGGAACAAUAUUGCACGAGAAAAUCUCAAUGCAGACCAUAAUUUAUUACAUGAUACAACAUAGGACAUUGUAUCGAUUACUCGACAGAGAAGAAGUUGAUCCUACGGAUAUUAUGAAUUUGAAAUCAUGUCUAAAUUUAACAGAACGACCUGUAUUGCAAGAAUUACGUAAAAUUGGCACUAUAGAGGCAAAUAGUGUUGCUGGUUACCUUGAAUUAAUUCGUGAUAUUUAUGACUGCAUUAAUGAUAACAGUCCGGAUAUAAUUGAUAUUUUGAGUGAAAGCAAAACAAUUUUCGAAAAAUUACCCAAUUAUCCCAAAAAAACGAAGAAAAUAUGUGUUCACACACUUGAAGGAUUUCUUGCAUUAGCGUCUCGGUUUCCAAAUUUCAAACCCAGUUGCAUUACAACAAAUUAUGAAGAGCUACUCUUUUCAAUAAUUCGAGGAAUGUUUCCCAAGCCAACAACCAAACAAUUUUGCCAAAGCGCACUAUUUUCAUUCUAUAUAUUUUUAAUAUUACAUUCCACUGACGAUGUUCGUGGGUUCUCACUCCCAGAUAUUCCAUUAACUGAUCAUUAUUUUGGUAUGAAAUUGGUUAUCAAGAUUUUACCAACUCUUCCUGGUCGAAUUGUACUUGAUAGAAAUGUCAAGAAAAAAACUUGCAAAGAAUUACAAAUUAUUAAUCAAAACGUAGCCACUUACUCAAGAAAAACUACGUUGAGGGCUGAAGUGUGUGCUCCUAAAUGUAUAUAUUUAUGCUGCCCUGUUUCUGGAUGUAAAAAACAAAAACCAUAUAUUAUCAAAGGGUCUUUUACAAAUCAUUUGAAAGCUAAACAUCAAUUUUCAGACGAAGAAGCAGAAGCAACAGUUGCUCAAUUAGAAUGUUUGCAAUUUUCUGCUCAAUUAGAAAAAGAUGUUGCUUUUAGGAAACAAAGUUGCAAAAACAAUUAG